UAAAAAGAUAAUAAUAUUUUUUUAAUCCCUGCAAGAAUUUCUACCUUCUGUGCUUAUUUAUAGGACCAUCAUGCUAAGACCACCUCUAGCCAAGACAAUUUUGUUCCCUUCUAGCAAAGAGCUCCUUACCAAUACAAUGGACGCAAUAUUAUUUGAAGCUGCUCAAAGGGGAGAGGUCAAUUUCUUGCAACAACUGCUGAGAGAAAACCCACUUAUCCUUGACAACGUUGCACUGUUGUCUACUGAGAAUCUCCUCAAUGUCGCUCUGAUAACUGGAAACGUUAGCUUUGUCAAGGAGAUUACAAGGUUAAAACCCCAUUUUGUCAAAGAAUUAAAUCAAGAUGGUUUUAGCCAUAUGCAUAUUGCAGCAGCUCAUGGCCAUGUGGAGAUUGUAAAGGAGUUGAUAGAAGUUGACCCCAAUCUUUGCCGGUUAGAGGGAAGAGAAAAAAGAACUCCUCUUCAUUAUGCAGCCAUUAAAGGGAGAGUUGAGGUAAUCAAUGUUUUGCUUUGCAGUUGUCCUGAAUGUAUUGUUGCUGUGACAGUUGAAAGAGAGACUGCUCUACACCUUGCUGUUAAGAACCAUCAAUUUCAAGCAACAGAGGUAUUGGUCAAAUGGAUCAGAGAAAAUAACAAGGAUGAAGUGUUCAGUAUAACAGAUGAACAACGCAAUACAGUCCUGCACCUUGCAAUCUGGAAAAGACAACGCCAGGCAAGCUAUUAAUCUUAAUUUUUGUUUACUAUAUAUCCUUUAAUAAAUCUAAUUAAGCAAUAAAAAUCAACUACAAUAAUAUAUCAUUUGCUAAAUGAGGUUGUAUUGUAGAUGCAGAAGUUGCAGUCGUUUGACCAGCUAAAUGUCUAGAGAGAUUUAACAUUAACAGAAAUUAUAAAAAAAGAAUAAUUAAAAACAAAAUCCUUGCAGGUUGUAGAAUUAUUACUUGACAGCAGGCUCGUUGGAAGUAAAUGCCAUGAACCAUUACGGCCUCACUGCACUGGAUGUGCUGCUAAUGUCCCCCAGUGAAGCAGGUGGUCGGGGAAUUGUUCAGAUGCUUUUACAUGCUGAAGCUAUGAGGGGAAGAGAUAUUACCCUUUCGACCAUUUCUCAUAAUCGAACCUUUACUAACAUAUCCACUGCCCCACAAACAGAUCGAUCACAGCUAAGUGGCAUGGUAGAGUACUUCAAGUUUAAGAGAGGUAGAGUUUGUCCAAAUUAGAGUUUUUUCUAUCUAUUUUUUCAUUAAAAGUGUAAAAAUAUUUUUAUUACUCUUUUUAAAUGGAUAAACUUGAUACUUGAAUUU